AUGGAUAUUGGUGGCCUGUCUAACCCUCCCUGUUCAGAUGACUCACGGGACUUGGUCUCUAGAGAAGUGAGAGCAGAUGCAGGGGGAGGAAUCAACAUCAAGUGCAGAUAUGAGGAUGAAUAUAAAGACAAACCAAAAUCUUUCUGUAAGAACGGAGCUGAUCAGUGGUGUUUUAAUCAAAUAACAACAAAACUAAACAGUGAAUGGUCACAUGAUGGCAGAUUCUCAGUUCAUGACAGCAGAAGUGCAGGAUUCUUCAGUGUGUUUAUCAGAGAGCUGAUUACGGAGGACACUGGAACAUAUUCGUGUGCUGUUGUUGUGUCUGAUGAAAUAGAGACCUACACUGUAGUGAAGCUGAAUGUAACAGAAGAUCUGUCCUAUGAGAAGUCCAUCAGUGAGACUGUUCAUGUCGGAGGAGAUUUGAACAUCAGCUGUAAAUACCCAGAAUCCCUCAGGAGUGACCCCAAGUUUCUCUGCAGGAAGACGCUGCAACAAGCUGCUUGUUUUUAUAAAGGAUCUGUUAAAGACAGUAGAAAGUAUGUAAAUGAGGGGAAAUUCUCCCUGUAUGAUGACAGAGCAAAACAAAUCUUCACUGUCAGUAUUAGAAAUGUGACUGAGCAGGACUCUGGUGAAUACUGGUGUGGAGCUGAAGGAGCCGGGACAUCUGAUCAUGGAUACAAGGUUUAUUUCACACAGAUCAACCUGAGAGCUGCUGAUCCAUCUGUCCUAGUUUCAGUUCCAAUACCAGCACAACCUUCAUCAUCGUCAUCAUCAUCUGAGCUCACAUCAGCUUCUCCUCCGACAGGAUUUCCAGCUUCCACUGUGAUCCCUGUGUCUGUAAUUCUGCUGCUGUUUCUGUUUGGAAUCAUAUUCCUCAUUGCGAUUCUGUCAAAGAGACGCAGGAUGCAAGGUUUAUGAGAAUGCUAACGACACCAGACACCUUUCUGCCUCAGACGCUGGAACUUCCAGAUAUUUCUCGAGUGUUAAACUACCCACAAUCUCCUCUGAUCCUUCUGAAAGUGUUUAUGCCAACGUAAUGUAGUUAAGAAGUUUAUUCUACUUCUCAACUACCCAUAAUCCCUCCUGAUCAUAACGUCUACUCUCCAGCUCAGUCACCCAUUAUUAUUCCUCAUUAUUCCAUCCAUCCUUUCAUCCAGGUCAGUAUUUUGCAUCUUCAGUAACUGCCUCCUGCUCAGGUUUGCAGUAGAUCCAGAGCCGAUCUCAGGAGCACUGGACAUGAAGCAGGAAUGCAACCUUGGAGGAACACCACUCCAUCAUAGUGUCUGGAAUCUUCUAUAAUUGUACAUUAAGUGCAGAUUGUUGAUGGGUUUUUUUAAUAUAAGAUCACUGUUUGUGACUAUAUUCAUCUUUGUAUUUUAUCCAUUUUAAAUAGCUAUAUGUAUGUGUUGUGUGUAUGGAGUGCUGUAUGCAUUGUACUGUAUGUGUGGACUAUGGUGUGUUUUACAGGAAAUGCAGUCUGUAUGGAGAAUGUAUAAUACUGAAUAUUAGAGUAUGAUUUUAAGUCAUAUCUUUACACGAGUGCUAGAAGAAAGAGACAAAUCGAGACAUUCGUCUUAGCCUAUCUUAACCCCAAAGUCUCAAUAUCAGCUUGACUUGCUCACUUCAAUUCUUAAUUUUAUUUCACAUG